AACCCAACACAACAUAACAUAACACGACUGAACACAAGUCAAUACAACUCAACACAAACACAACCCAAAGCCUAACGCCUAUACAGUAGUGAAGUGUAGUAUAAGUUGUGUAUAGUUUUGAUCGCCGUAUUAGUCGCCCACACAUUGACACCCAUUCACUCAUUCAGACUCUUAGACUCUCAUCCAAAGACAUGACGGCAUCGGAUGCCUGUGUCUGCCAUUCGUGACCUCAUUUGCCAAACAAAUCAUAUCCAAAACACCAUCACUUGUGUUGUGACCAUUUGUUGGACGCGUUGACAGCCGAAGAGCAAACACAAUGAUAUCGGACGGCUAUUUGGUGGGAGACGGCUCGUGGCAGCUCAAGAUCUUUGUCACUGACCUCAAAGUGGACCGAACUCUUCGAGUGAAGGGUGAUCUUCAUGUGGGAGGCGUUAUGUUGAAACUGGUCGAAGAUCUCGAUGUGGCCAUCGAUUGGUCGGAUCACGCGUUGUGGUGGCCGUCGAAGAACAUGUGGUUGAGUCGGACGCGAACUACUCUGGAUCAGUAUGGAGUACAGGCCGACGCCGUCCUCUACUUCACGCCAAUGCAUAAGACAUUACGCGUCCAAAUGCCUGACUUGAGAUAUAUCGACGCCAGAGUUGACUUCUCGGUCAAGACGUUCACAGCUGUCGUCCAAUUGUGUAAAGAUUUAGGAAUAAGACAUCCGGAAGAGCUCUCAUUCGCCAGACCUCUAGUGAACGCACACCUGAAGCGAAACUUUCCUCAUAUGAGUGUCAGUCCAUUGCAGAGACAGAGGGACACAAUGGGACCGAUUGUCGCAACCAAUGCCAGUCCUGUGGCGACCAUUGGAACACCAGAUGGGAAGUCGAGCCCCACUUUUGUUGACGACAUGACAACUCCGGUCCGUAACGGGAAUGGAGUGGUCACUAACGGCAACGGAACUCUUCACUCCAAUUAUGCGAGCGAUAAUAGUUUUGCCUAUAAUAAUGAGAUGAUAUCUCCAUCGCUGGCCACGAGUCCAGUGACGCCGACAAUUGAGGCCAAAAACACGUUAUUGAGGCCGAAGUCAUUGGUGGAAAGGGCGCGUCUGAACGCCGGUUGGCUCGACUCCUCUCUGUCUCUAUACGAACAGGACGUCCGAGAGUUUGAUUUAUUGCUUUUGAAAUACAAGUUCUUCACGUUUUACGACAUCAACCCGAAAGUGGACUCAACCCGAAUCAACCAGAUCUACGCUCAGGCGCGUUGGGCUGUCCUCACCGAAGAGAUUGACUGCACCGAAGAGGAAAUGGCACUCUUCGCCGCACUUCAACUCCAGGUCUCCAUACAAACCAAUAAUCCGUUUCCUGAGAAACACAACUCCCGUAACGACGACGACAUCGACGCCGCUUUAGAUGACCUCCAGAUUUCAUUAGAAGGCGCGCCGACAGCCAUACCAAUGGGCGGUGAUAUCACUCACGUCCCGGAACUCGCAGAUUAUCUCCGAUUUAUGAAACCCAAGAGGUUUACACUCAAGAGUUUUAAGAGAUUGUAUUUUGUGUUCAGAGAUACAAGACUUUCGGUUUAUAAGUCGAGUGAAGAUCGGAGUAGUAAUGAUCCGGCGUUUGUAAUCAAUAUGAAAGGCUGUGAGGUUACGCCAGAUGUGAACCUCAGUCAAGGCAAGUACGGCAUUAAACUAGAGGUUCCCAAUCAUGAAGGUAUGCAAGAGUAUUGGAUUAGAUGCGAGUCAGAGCACCAGUACGCCCGAUGGAUGGCCGCCAUACGACUGGCCACCAAAGGCCGAACAAUGGCCGACUCUUCCUACGACAGUGAAGUCAAAUCAAUUCUGAACUUUUUAAGCCUUCAACAUCCGGCGCACUCGGCCUAUACGGCGCCCAUCAGUUCCCAUCAAAUCGAUAACCCGGACGAUUACAUCGCUCCCAGAUUUUUAAGGAAGAAAGGCGGUCGACAGUGGGUUCAGCGCAUAGCGGACGCGCACUCCAAUGUGAAGGGUCUGUCGCUAACUGAGGCCAAACUUCAUUUCAUCAAAGCCUGGCAGGCGUUACCCGAUUACGGAAUCUCUCUUUUUGUCGUCAAGUUUUCCACUUCUAAACGAGAGAAGUUCUGCUUCAAUACGAUCGGAGGCUUUCCCUGUUGUGAUAAACCGUUAAAUAUAUCAAAGGAUAAGGCGUCCAAAGAUUUGGUGGACGCGUUUUCAUACGACGACGAACUCGACUCGUCUACUGAUAGUGAAGACGAGUUGUUGCAGAGAUUGAAACGAUCGGCGAGUAAUCAAAUCAAUAUCACCCGACAGUCAAGUAUCUCGAAGAAUGAGGUCUCGAAUAAUCGACACAAACAUAAUCUGAAAAACAGGCAUAAAAUUAUCGAAACCAUUGAAGAGACACAAAGAGUUGAUCACCAAAAUAAGCCAUUGAUUUCAAGAGAAUUCAAACCAGAAUUGAGAUCUGAUAAGAGAUUCAAUACUGCGAGCACUUCCAGAGAUCUGAUAUCA